AUGUUCGCCGCCUCUCGCAUCCAGCGCCGUGCUUUCUCCGCCACCGCCCGGGACCUUUCCAAGGUCACCGUUCUCGGUGCUGGUGGUGGUAUCGGCCAGCCUCUCUCUCUCCUCCUCAAGUUGAACCCCCGCGUCACUGACCUCGCCCUCUACGAUAUCCGUGGCGGACCCGUGGACCGAGGCAUCGCUGCCUCGGCCAAAGCUACCACGAAACCCAAUCCAACCAUGAUGCCACAUCAACCAGUUUUGGACGGUCCUGCUAACACAUCAUGCUUAGGUGUUGCUGCUGACAUCUCCCACGUCAACACCAAGUCCACCGUCAAGGGCUACGAGCCCAACGCUGCUGGUCUCAAGGAGGCCCUCUCCGGCGCUGAGGUCGUCCUCAUCCCCGCUGGUGUCCCCCGCAAGCCCGGCAUGACCCGUGACGAUCUUUUCAACACCAACGCCUCUAUCGUCCGUGACCUCGCCAAGGCCGCCGCUGAGGCUGCCCCCAAGGCCAAGCUCCUGAUCAUCUCCAACCCCGUCAACUCCACCGUCCCUAUCGUCAAGGAGGUCUUCAAGGCUGCUGGUGUCUACAACCCCAAGACCCUCUUCGGUGUCACCACCCUCGAUGUUGUCCGUGCCUCCCGAUUCGUUUCCGAGAUUAAGGGCACCGACCCCAAGGACGAGAACAUUACCGUCGUCGGUGGUCACUCUGGUGUCACCAUCGUCCCUCUCUUCUCUCAGUCCAACCACCCCGACCUCUCCUCCAACGCUGAGCUCGUCAAGCGUGUCCAGUUCGGUGGUGAUGAAGUUGUCAAGGCCAAGGAUGGUGCUGGCUCUGCCACUCUCUCCAUGGCCAUGGCUGGUGCCCGCAUGGCUGACUCCGUCCUCCGCGCCGUCCAGGGCGAGAAGGGUGUCAAGGAGCCCGCUUUCGUCGAGUCUCCUCUCUACAAGGACCAGGGCAUUGAGUUCUUCAGCUCUCAGGUCGAGCUCGGCCCCGAGGGUGUUGAGAAGAUCCACCCUCUCGGCAAGCUCGACGCCAACGAGGAGAAGCUCGUUGACGCCGCUCUCGUCGACCUCAAGAAGAACAUUGAGAAGGGUGUUGCCUUCGUUGCCUCCAACCCUCCCAAAUAA